AUGGAGAUGCAGAAUGGGUGGAAGUAUGAGGCGAUUGUGGCAAGAAGUUUUAGCAGGCAAGACAGAAAGACAAUGGGAUGGUGUGCUACUCUAAUUGCCAUCUUCAUCCUCAUUUUCACCUUCUGCAUUUUCUACAUCACUCCUAACAAUCAUCUUUGUUUCUUUAGAGAUGAACCAAAACCAAUUUGUGAUCUGAAGCAGGAAAGAUCAGAAACCUGCGAGGCGAGUGGCGACAUAAGAGUUAUCAUCGGCAACUCAUCCACCAUUUUUGUCGUUUCCGACCUACAUAUUACCUCGUCGUGGACCAUAAGACCCUACGCUCGAAAACGCGACCAAUACGCAUUGAAGAGGGUUCGAAACCUGACCAUCGCGGAAGUGCCGCACCAUUCCGACCAACGCAUCCUCCCACGUUGCACCACAAACUACGAUGUCCCGGCCGUCGUUUUCUCCACCGGAGGCUUCGCCGGAAACCUCUUCCACGACUUCACCGACCUCAUCAUCCCUCUCUACCUAACGUCCCGGGAGUUCGAGGGAGAAGUCCAGUUUCUGGUCACCGACAAAAGUCAAAGUUGGGUCGACAAGUUUAAGGAAGUGUUGCAAAGGUUGUCGAGAUACGAAAUCAUCGACCUCGACGGCCGGGAAAAAGACGGCGAAAACGCCGUCCUUUGUUUUCCAAGUAUCCUCGUCGGUUUAAAAGCCAACAAGGAGUUCAGCAUCAACCCCUCUUCAGAUCACAUUUCCAUGAAAAACUUCACUGCGUUCUUGAGAAACGCUUACAACCUGAAAAGGGACAAUAUUAUCGCAAACGAGAAAUUGCAGCCGCCGCCGCCGCCGCGGCUACUCGUGAUAGCGAGGAACAAAACCAGGCGGCUGUUGAACGCCGGCGAGGUUUCGGCCAUGGCGGAAGACCUAGGCUUUGAGGUUGUCGUACAAGAAACAGACGGGAAUAUGAGCAGAGUGUCGAGAUUGGUGAACGGUUUCGACGUGAUGGUGGGGGUGCACGGGGCGGGGCUAUCGAACAUGGUGUUCUUGCCGGAAAACGCAGUGGUGGUGCAGAUCGUGGGGCUGGGGAUGAAUUGGGUGGCGAGGAAUGACUUUGAACUGCCUUCAAUGGACAUGGGAUUGAGGUACUUAGAAUACAAAGUUGGUGAGAAUGAGAGUAGUUUGAAGAACUCUAGCUCCAUUGCUUUCAAAGGGUGGAUAGCUUAUACUCUUGCGUACUUAAUUGGGCAGGAUUUUAUGGUUGAUGUGAAUAGGUUUAGAGGGACUCUGUUGAAAGCACUAGAGCUUUUGCAUCCUGCUUAA